GAAAGAUAAGUGUUACCUUUCUAUUUCAGUAUUAGGAAAAUAUUAUGGAUAAGAGCUUUAAGGAAGAAAAGUUUACAGGAUUUACUAAAUUUACACCUCCUUUGUACAGACAACGUUACCAGUUUGUUAAAGAUUUAGUGGGGAAAUACAAACCUAAGAAGGUGGCAGAUUUAGGAUGUGCUGACUGCACGCUUCUUUGUAUGCUGAAAUUCUGCAGUUGCAUUGAAGUGUUAGCUGGGGUAGAUAUCUGUGGAAGUGUAAUGAAAGAGAAAAUGCAUAGGUUGUUUCCUCUUCCUGGUGAUUAUUUGCAACCACGUGAAAGAUCCCUAACUGUUACCUUGCAUCAUGGUUCAGUUGCCCAUAAAGAUCCUUGCAUGCUUGGUUUUGACUUGGUAACGUGCAUUGAACUAAUAGAGCACCUGGAAGAACCGGAACUGAAGGAGUUUCCUGAAGUGGUGUUUGGUUUCAUGGCUCCAAGCAGGGUUGUUAUCAGUACUCCAAAUUCUGAAUUCAACCCUUUACUUCCACGAGUGAAGUUAUUCAGAGAUCCAGACCACAAAUUUGAAUGGACACAGUUGCAGUUUCAACGCUGGGCUCUAGAGACUGCUAGACGCCAUGGCUACUUGGUGGAAUUUACUGGUGUGGGGCACCCACCAAGAGGAAUGGAGUAUGUUGGGUUUUGUACUCAAAUAGGUGUGUUUGUUAAAAAAUAUCCUCAAACCAGUGUAUCCACUCAGUCUGAGAAACCCACUGAAACAGUUUACAAAACCGUCUUCAAAGCAGUGUAUCCAAGUCUUGAGGAUGAGAAGUACCUGCAGAAUGCAGUGGUUGGAGAAGUUAUUUUCACAGCACAAAUCAUUAAGCAAAGUCUGCUGAACUGUUUAAUGUCAGAACAUGGGGAGUAUAAUGAUGAUCCUACUGAGAGAAAAUCCAAAUUCCAGCCUUCAGUGAACUGCUUCUCAGAAGAUCUUGGAAAACUGGCUGUUGAAAAAAGCAUGGAAUCAUUUGUCAGUGGAAAUGUGGUUUAUAUACCUCUUGCAACAAUCUUUUCUUUUCCCAGAGUAAAUCAACUUUGUGGUACCUUUGAGAGGUUAAGCAAGCUUGUUGCUGGCCAGGUCACAUUGAGCAGUGACGGCUCUGCUGUAAUGCUCAAUACUGAAUAUGAAGGCAGUUAAAUCACAAAUUUCU